AUGAACCUAAUUGAGAUAAAAGUACCAGUCAAUUACUUGGAAAAAGACAAAAGUGUUCCUGUACAAACUGGGCAAACACCACCCCUUUUGCAGUAUUUUGGUACUCUCUUGACUAGAGGAAAUCUUAAUGCUUUCGAGUCAUUGGAACUAUCACGUCUUGUUGUGAACCAAAACAAGAAGAAUUUGUUGGAAAAUUGGCUAGCAGAAGACAAAUUAGAAUGCAGGGAGGAGCUAGGAGAUCUUGUGAAGGUGAGGCAAGUAAAAAAAGCCUUGGAUCCAGUUGCUCUAGUUUAUAAGUACUGCCUUGUAUCAGUAUCUAACAUAUUAACUUCAACAUGCCAAAAUGAGGUUAGCUCCUUCAAAUAUGUCAGUUUUCCUGUUCAGAUACAUGUUAUGGUAAGAUAUAUUAUACAGUUGGCUAAUCUUCCAUUCUUUUAUAUGCAGAAGAAAUACAAGGGACAAGACUACUUUUUUGCUUUUCUAGUAACAGUGGGAUGUUCGAUUUUUAUUUUAUAUCCGGCAGGAUCUGACAUAAGUCCAUAUGGUAGAGGAAGGGAGAAUACUAUUUGGGGCGUUUCUCUGAUGAUGGGUUAUCUCGGGUUUGAUGGCUUCGCAAGCACAUUCCAAGAUAAACUCUUUAAAGGCUAUGACAUGGAGAUUCAUAAUCAAAUUUUCUACACAACAAUGUGUUCUUGUGUUCUCAUCUUGACUGGUCUAAUUUUACAAGGCCAUUUCCUGUUGUCAAUAGAAUAUGUCUCACACCAUAAUGAUUGUUUCCUUGAAAUUUGUGUUGCUGUCAACUGUGAGUGA